GGGGCAUCGGAAGGGGUCAGCUGACUCUGGUCCCGUGACAGUCCAUGGCGUCCGUCCGUCGUUGAGUCCGGCUGCGAGAAAACGGAACAUGUCGGCCUAUCCGAGUCGCUAUAACCCCUUCGCCGAGGAUGAUGAGGACGAUGAGGGCCGGGGCCGGGGGUUCGGCGGGGCAGCUCGGGAGGAGGGUCGGAGCGACGCGGCGGAUCGGCAGAACUACCUGAGGCAGGAGGCGCUGAGCAGUGCCCGGCGGGCCGUACAGAGCAGUGGCAGGAGCGUCGCCCUCAUCCACGAGUCGGAGCAAGUGGGCGCCGACACGGCCGAGGAACUUCUACGACAAGGAGACGCACUGAGGCGAACAGAUAAAAUGCUGGAUAAAAUGGAUCAGGAUAUGCAAGUUAGCCAAAGACACAUCAACAGCAUCAAGAGCAUCUUUGGCGGCAUUACAAACUACUUCAAAUUCAGGAACUCUGAACCUCAAGCCCCUCCAGAACCUGAAAAGCAGACUAGGAGCAAAUUGCAAGAAAAUUUGGAUAAAUGCAGACAGCAGGAGGAGAAUUACCAAGCAAAUCAUCCGAAUUUAAGGAAACUGGACACAUCGGGUUUCGGGACUCCCAGUAGUUCUGCAGCAGAGAAUAACAAUUAUCCUAAAAACAGCUACCUGCGUGCUUGUCAUGAAGAAAUGGAUAACAAUCUAGAUGUGAUAUCUUCUGGCUUGGGGCGACUGAAGGGUCUGGCAAUUGGCCUACAAACAGAAAUUGAUGACCAAGACGAGAUUAUUGACCGCCUGACCACCAAGACGGAUCGUGUUGAGUCCAAGAUUGGAGCAACUAAUCAGCAAAUACGCAGACUUUAAAGAAAAACAUAACAAUUUAGUCUCUAGUCAAUGUCGUGUGCCUCAACAGCCACUGAACGAAGAAAGUGGCAGUUUUUAUACUCAGAUGCUACGUACACAGAAUAUCAGAAUCGGUCCUCAAUGAAACCGGCUUCUAAGUUUUGGAGAAUGGAUUGAAUUGGUAUUCUGUCUUCAUUCAGAUUUACUGACUCUUUAAAGAUAGAACUGGUAAUGCUACAUAUAGUGUAAUCGUUUUCAAAUCAAUCUGUCAAUUUGCAAGGAAGAGUGGAGUUGUGAUUUAAACAAACUUACAUUGAUGUUCUUAUCACUGACAGGAGCCAAAAACCCUCACUUGAAAACUAUCCACAGUUCUGAAUAGUUCUCUAAAAUUGAUUAACCAUUUGAUGGGCUUUGCAAUAUUACAUUCUGUCUGUUCCCUUCAUUUGCUGUCUGUGAUCUGACUUGAUUUGUACAGCUGUACGUAAUUUUAUGGUGAUUGAUAUCGCCAGCGUCAAUAAAUUUGCAACAGUUAACACCAGUCACCCAUAGCAAAAGGAAAGUCUUUGUAUCAGAAAUAUCUUUAAAGGCGUGCUUUGAAUAUUAAGCUCCCUAUCCUCCAGAAUCUGCAGCACUUAACACUGCUGUUCACGAGGGAGAUGCAUUGACACCCUGGCGGUGGGGAGAUGAGCUUCUCAGAGCAGACCCAUUAGAAGCUGUUAGUUUGAUCAUUUGUUCCCCAGCAGUACAAUCAGCAUUCCCUUUUGCCAGGGAAGCAUUCUGUUGACGAAGUACCCGGCAAAUUUCCAGGACACUGCCUUUCCAAAAGUUAAGAUAAUGUCAAAAGGAGUGUCUGGGAGCAGGAUUACUGUGGUUCUAAGUACUUGAUCAUGGAAUGUAAUACAGUUUUAAAUGAAGAUAUAUUAACCUGUAAAACCUGGCCCCUCUUCCCAAGUUUUAUUAUUGAGCAGAGUGCAUUUAAUAUCGGAGCUAUUCCUGUUAGUUGAGGAACAGGCCCUUCUGCCCCUUCGAACUGUUCCGCCCCAGCAGUCCCCCCCCCGAUUUAACCACAGUCUAAUCAUGGAGAAGUUUGAAAUGACCAAUUAACCUACUAACCAGGUAUGUCAUUGGACUGUGGGAGGAAACCGAAGCACCUGGAGGAAACUUGCCCAUUUCACAGGAGCACAUACAGACUCCUUAUAGAUGACGUUGGAAUUCAUUAAAGCAUCAGUUCUCUUCAGGAAUAACAGAAUUUUUGUGCCUCAUUCUAUACCUGUUAGUAACAAUACACACCAUUGGCUUUACACAAAGGAUAUGGAAAUAACAAGUGAAGCAAUUGGUCCAGAAUCAAAUUUGUAUUCUUGAUUCCACAGCCUGUUUAUUUUUCUCUUUUUUUAUAACAAAAUGUACAGAUCCACUACAUCUGACCAUUACGCACAAGCCCUCAGGGUUGGGAAAUGUCAAAGCAAAGGAUAUCGAUAGUUCUUGUUGAGGCAUUUGAUGUUGUGGAGUUCAAGCUUGCAGACGCUUCAUCACCAGUCACAGUGACAUCCUCAGUGUGCAGUUGUUGGUGUUUCACUUGGGGAAGACUCGUGUUUAUAUAGCAGCCUGCCCCCCGCCCCGCCCCCGGUCCUGAUCCUGAUUGGCUACCCCUUCAUGGGACCUUUGGCUUGCAUUUCUUUGAUAUGAGGAUCUUUAGAAGCAUGGUUUUCUUUUGAUGAUGUCCUAAGCAUUGAAAUAGAUGCCACCUAUGAACCCUGAAGAGCUCAUUGCCAUUCUCGGCAACCCCCACAACAUAGAAGCACAGGAGUUGUGAAUCUGUUGUGUCAACCUCAGUGGAACUAACUGCUAGUGUGGAGGAUACAAUAGGCCCUUACACAUCUUGUAGUAGGCAUCUGUUGGUCAGGAUCGACCACGGACGUUGAGUCCUAGCUGUCUAGAUAUGCAAACCUGGGGGCAGAGAGCAAGCUGUUGCCUAGGUAGCAGCCCCGCCCCACCCUCCACACAUCUGAUGAACCCAAAGGAACUGCAGACACUGACACAGUGUCUGAGUUGCCAGUCAGUCUUGCACUCUGCGUAGGGGUGCCAGUUCUGGAUUUUUCCGUCAGGGUUUACUCCCGAAGCCUUCCCCAUGAGUGGGUGUAGCAGUAAGACAGUGCUGGUUUGAGAUCAGAAAUUUCCUUCUCCAAGAUGAGCUGCCAACCAUGGCAGCAGCAGAUGCUAUCUGUGCAUAGCAAACUCCCACAGUAUGGGGGAGGUUGUGAGCAGAUAAAAUGACCUGGGGCCAUUGAAGUUAAAACACCAAACAUUGAGUUCAAGGCUGUUAUUUGCGCCGAGCGAGGUCAGUCUUGGCUCUGGUCACUGUGCUGGUCUCAGAUUAACCCACUGGAUUUUGCAAGGCUUCAUACCUUCAUGCCUUUAGACUGUGGGUCUCUGCUGAACUGCCUGAUUUUAAACUUCAGGGAGAACAUAUCCCUCUGAGGCACUCCACCGGUUGGGGUCGACCGUGGAUGUUGCAUCGUAGCUGUCUAUAUGAUAUACACCCAUCUGUUAAUCUAUGUUCAUAUCUGUGUGAGUGGUAUUCUGCAGAUGGACCGAGCCUUGUUGACCAUUGAAUCAAAAUCAACAAAUAAGGUAUCUAGUGUGAUCUUAUUUUGAGUUUUCUAUGGCUAAUGGUGGCUUACAGAUCAACAUGUUUCGCAUAUCAGCUUCAUCCAAAAUAAUUUCUUAAUGCAAGAUCAGUUUCCGCAUCCUUGUAGAACUGUAUAGAACUGAGAGCUUCCAAGCCCCUUGUAAAUUCUGCAAAUGCCACCAAUGAAUUCACAAAAGCACCAGAUUAGUUUCACUUUAAUGCACUUGUUUAAUUUCUUCUUGCAUUUUAAAGUAGCUUUUAACUUCAAGAAUGCUGAUUUUUUUUUUGAAAAGCUGCAGAUUUUAUUAAACAAUUUUUAUUAAUAAAGAUUUUAUUGUGUUGAGUUGCUUCUAAA